AUGAAGCUCAAUUGGCUAGUGUUGUUUGCUGCUUUCUGCUUCUGUGUCGUGCCCUCGUUGGCUGUCAAAGAAUACCUUUUUAAAAAAUGCUCUCAGUCUGGGUUUUGCCAGAGAAAUCGCCAUUUUUCUAACCAAGUGUCAAAGUUGUCCCUCAACGAUGAAUACCAACCUAGAUAUUCGAUUGACAAAUCAUCAAUUAAAUUCCACAACAACAAUUCAACACUAGUUGGUAGAUUGAAUAAGAAAUUGAAUGACGAUUUCACUUCGGUUGCCUUUGGAUUCCAGCUUAACAUUUUGGAAAACCACAGCAUCAGGUUUAGAAUCGAAGAUCAGCUAACCAACACUGUCUCUAAUUUCAGAAGAUAUAACGAGACCUCUUACUGGUCUUUUAAAGAUCAUGUCCAGCCAGAUUUAUUUUUCGAGAUUAACACAGAAAGCAAGAGUGAAAACAUUAUCAUUGGCUAUUCUAAUGGUUUAUACAAAAUCAAAAUUCAAUUGUAUCCAUUUAAAUUGACUUAUUAUUACAACAACUCUCCCUCCAUAGUUUUAAAUGACAGAAAUUUCUUAAAUAUCGAACACUUCAGAAAAAAAAAUGAUAACGAUUUAACUAAAAAUCUAUCCCCAGAAGAAUUGGACUUUGAUUGUUUUACAGACUCCUUCAAAGAUUCCAGCAAGAACACUUUGAAAAGAGGUCCUGAAUCAGUUGCUUUAGAUGCCACUUUUAAAAAUUUUUUAAACGUCUAUGGCAUUCCGGAACAUGCUGAUUCAAUGGCUUUGAAAACUACAAGAGACAAUAGAGAUGAUGCUAGUUAUGAUGGCAAAGAAAGGGAUUUAGAUCCAUAUAGAUUGUUUAAUGUUGAUAUAUUUGAGUAUGAGACUGAUAGUAAACUUCCGAACUACGGUUCCAUUCCUUUUAUGCUUGCUCAUAGUCACAACGUAUCAGCUGGAUUAUUUUGGGUAAAUUCUGCUGAUACCUGGAUUGAUAUAAUUAAAAAAGACAAAUCAACUAAAACCCACUGGAUAUCUGAAGCAGGAUUAUUGGACAUCAUUUUGAUUUUAGACAAUUCUCCAGCCUCUAUUAACCAAAAAUAUGGUGAUAUAACCGGUUAUGUUGCAUUGCCUCAACUAUUUUCCUUGGGUUAUCAUCAAUGUCGUUGGAAUUAUAACAACCAAGAUGAUGUCUUGAAUAUCAAUAAAAAAUUCGAUUACUUUAAAAUCCCAAUGGAUUCAAUCUGGCUAGAUAUUGAGUAUACUGACGAAAAAAAAUAUUUCACCUGGAAAAACUCCUUAUUUAAUAACCCAACUGAGAUGCUUUCAAUUUUAGGUGAAACUGGUAGAAAUUUGAUUGCUAUUAUUGACCCACAUAUUAAAUCUACAAAUGAUAAAAAUUACAACAUUGAGCAACAAAUACUUAAAAAUAAUCUUGCUAUAAAAGAUUCUGAUAAUAAAAACCCUUUUCAUGGUCAAUGUUGGCCUGGUGACUCGAUUUGGAUUGAUACUUUUAAUCCCAAAGCUAUUACUAUCUGGGCUUCCUUUUAUCAAAAUUUUACCACUUUUUCAAAUGACUCAACCAACUUGCAUAUUUGGAAUGAUAUGAAUGAACCAUCGGUUUUUUCAGGACCUGAAACAACAGCUCCAAAAGAUUUGGUUCACUAUGGAGACUGGGAACAUCGUUCUUUACACAAUUUAUAUGGCCAUAGUUUAAUUGAGGCAACUUAUCAAGGAUUAAAUGAAAGAUAUCAAAAUAUGAAAAGACCUUUUAUAUUAACUAGAUCAUAUUUUUCUGGAUCGCAAAGAUAUUCUGCAAUGUGGUCUGGAGAUAAUAUGUCAAAAUGGGGCUACCUAAAAAUUUCAAUACCUAUGGCUUUAACCUCUGGAAUUAGCGGUAUGCCAUUUUCUGGAUCAGAUGUUGGUGGAUUUUUUGGGGAUCCUUCAAGUGAAUUACUAACAAGAUGGUACCAAACAGGUAUUUGGUAUCCAUUUUUUAGAGGCCAUGCUCAUAUCGACUCUAAAAGAAGAGAACCCUGGGUUCCUGGCGAUCCUUAUACGUCUAUUAUUAGAGAUGCAAUAAAACUAAGAUAUUCAUUAUUGCCAGUUUUUUAUAACUCCUUUUAUGAAUCAAGUAUCAACGGCUUGCCUGUCAUGAAACCAUUAUUCUAUGAAAAUCCUAAUAAUGAAAAAAUAUUUGAUAUUGACGAUGAGUUCUUUAUUGGAAACUCAGGAAUCUUGGUCAAACCUAUCACUGAAGAAUCAUUAUCAAAAUUUGAAAUUUAUAUACCUGAUGAUGAAAUUUAUUAUGACUUUAAUGAUUUUACUAAAAUUGACCAAGGGGAGGGAAAAUAUGAGUAUAAAAAUUUAUCAUUAGAUAAUAUACCAAUUUUAAUCAAAGGAGGUAAUAUAAUUCCUAGAAAAAUGAGAUAUAGAAGAUCAUCAAAGUUAAUGAGACAUGAUCCAUAUACUUUAAUAAUAGCGUUAGACAAGAAUCAAACUUCAAGUGGAAUUUUAUACGUUGAUGAUUUUGAAACAUUUAAUUACAAAAAUAAUGAGGAAUAUUUAUUAUGCAAAUUGAAAUUCGAAAAUAAUCAAAUUUCUUCUAAUAUAAAUAACUAUAAAAAUUUUUUUGAUGGAAUUGAUGAGUAUCUCGAAAUUGAAAAAAUCAUUAUAGUUGGUCUUGAUGAUUCAGGUGAUAAUUUCAAGGGAGAAAUUUCUCAAAAUAAUAAAAUUUGGAACGCUUCGAUAAUUAGAGAAAAAAAUAGCUUGGUUAUAAAAAAUCCUAAAGUUAAAGUUAAUACGUCUUGGAAAAUUAACAUUUUCAACGAAAAACCAUAA